GAUCUAAGCGAAACGUCAGUAAUUCAUUAGCAGAAGCCAAGAUGGGGACUGAGUUGUGUAGAGUUGUAGUUGGAUGUUUUUGUAUAGUGAAUUAUUCUCCAUAAAAAUGUAUAUGUGUCUAAAAUUGUGACAAUAACGUUUGUGAAUAAUUUUAAUGGAAUUUUUAAACCAUUCUUGAACUUUGAGUUUAACUAUGGACGGACAAAGGGCGUUAGAGUUAAUGCCUCUCCUUCAAGAACGUUUAGUGAUAUUAACAGGAGGACGCGACCGACGUGGUGGACCAGUUUUGUCGUUUCCGGCAAAUCCUCGAAGGGAACGUGCCAAACCUGAAGAUUAUCGGAAAGUUCUACAAUACUUGAUGUCCAUACCAAGCGAGGAAGCUCGAGGUCUGGGUUUUACAGUACUGGUAGAUAUGAGAGGUUCCACGUGGUCUACUGUCAAACCUAUAUUGAAGGCACUGCAUGAAAACUUUCCGCCCGGCACAAUCCAUCAAGCGCUCAUAGUCAAACCUGACAACUUUUGGCAGAAGCAAAGGACAUCUCUUGGAUCGCAUAAAUACAAGUUUGAGACCAACAUGAUAAGUAUCGAAGCUUUGCCGAAAAUAAUUGACAGUAGCCAACUGACAUCAGACUUAGAAGGUGCUUUAUCUUAUGAUCAUGCUCAUUGGCUUGAAGUUAGAUUGGCUAUUGAAGAAUUUGCAUGGCAAGCCGCCGACCUAUUGGAUAGAUUAGAUGACUUACAGGAAGACUUGGCGAGAAAUGAUUUUGCUGAUGAUGUGAGCGGGGCAAAGCAUAAAAUUGAUCUGCACAAUGAAAUGAAAAAGAAGAUUAUGAAAGCACCAGUUGAUGAUAUUGAUUUAUUAGGUCAGCGUUUGUUACAAAAGUCUUGUGGUCUCGACACGGGUCAAGGCGGAGGAGGGGGAGGCGGCGGAGGGGUAGGCGGAGUAAGAGAACCAGAAUCUCCUAAUAAUACGAAUUCCGAUCUGUUAGGUACCAAAAACUUAGUUUUACAAAAUUUAGAGGCAGUUCACUCUUCACAACAGCACCUCCUUCAACUGUGGCACCACAAAAAGCUCAAAUUGGACCAGUGCUUUCAGUUGCGGUUAUUUGAACAGGAUUGUGAAAAAAUGUUUGAGUGGAUCUGCCACAACAAAGACGUCUUCCUUCUUAAUUACGUAGAAAUAGGCCACACUUACCAGCUAGCGAAGCAACUUCAAGAAGAACAUCAACAUUUUACAAUGAGUUCAAUGAACGUUUACGUGAAUAUUAAUCGUAUACUUUCGGUCGCGUCGCGUCUUAUCGAAGGCGGUCAUUAUGCCGCGUCGCAUAUACGCUCGGUUGCCGGACGGUUAGAUCGAACAUGGAAAGAUUUUGCAGCUGGAUUAGAUGAAAGAACUGCGGUGUUGGCAUUGUCUGUGAUUUUUCACCAUAAGGCGGAACAAUAUGUGGAGAAUGUGCCUUCAUGGAAAUCUGCAUCAGAAACAGGGAAUAUCCCUUCAGAGAUUAUGAUGUUGGAAAAUUCGAUACACCAACAUCAAAACUUAUACGAAUCUAUGUGUCAAGCAUAUACAGAGGUUCAUAGUACCAGUAAGAAACUACUUUAUCAAUUGGACCACUUAGUUCAGGUCUGCAAUCAACCUGGGAAGGAUAAAAAACAUGGCGAAGGAACAAAUUUUGAAAACAGACCAGGUGGUAAUCCUGCUGCCGAUUAUAGCGAAGGAGCUAGUCACGUUUUAGCAGUAAUACAUCAAAUUUUAAAUCACCAUAGAGCACUCGAGCAAAAAUGGCACGCUAAAAAGAUCAAACUUCAUCAAAGGCUGGCAUUGAGAUUAUUUCAAGAAGAUGUUAAACAGGUAUUGGAUUGGUUAGCAAAUCAUGGGGAAGUAUUUAUUAGGAAAAAUACCGGCAUUGGGCGGAAUCUUCAGAAAGCUAGAGUUUACCAAAAAAGUCACGAACACUUUGAAAAUGUAGCACAGAAUACUUACACCAAUGCCGAUAAGCUUCUUGCAGCAGCCGAAGAACUAGCCCAUACCGGUGAAUGUGAUCCGGAUGAGAUUUAUUCAGUAGCACACGAACUCGAAGCGCACGUCACCUCAUUUGCAGCUAGGGUAGAACAAAGGAGACGAAGACUCGAUUUAGCCGUAUUAUUCUAUACUCAUGAAAAGGAUUUAAGUAAUUGGGUUGAUGAUCUAAGGCAAGAAUUACAGAAUGAUGAAAGUGUAGCCGAAAGUUUAGAAGCAACAGAAAGACUUCUUGAACAAACUGCACAACAUCGUGAACAAAGCCUCGAUGCUUGCGCUUCGACAAUUGCACAAGGGGAAGCACUUCUCCAAGAACUGAGGUCUAUUGCUGAAAUGGACACAACUGGUUCAGUAGCUGCAAUAGAAUCUGCUCUGGACCGAUUAGCGAAACAAAGAAACGAUCUCGAAGAACUUUGGGCGGCGAGGAAGCUUCGAUUAGAUCUGUGUUUGAGAUUAAGACUUUUUGAAAGAGACGCUCUUGAGGUUUCCUCUCAACUUGAAAUGUGGUCAGAAGAACUUCAGCAUAGUGAACUAACCAGAGAUAUACCGAAAGCAGAACAAUUUUUGAGAUUGCACAACGAAAGCGUCAGUCAAAUGCAGAAUACGACCUACCAAGUUUUGCAACAAGGACAGGAUUUGGUACAGGUGUUUGAAAAUUCUGGAAUAUGUGUUAUGGCUGAUGCUCAGUAUAACGCUCAGACUAGGGUUCAAGUUCUACUUGAAUUUCUUCAUGACAGAGAAAUGGAUCUAGAAGAAUUGGCAGAAUUAAAACGUGUUAAGCUUGAACAGUGCAUUCAACUCGGCCAAUUUCAAAAUGAUGCUAACCAAGUGAUCAGCUGGAUAAGGAAUGGAGAAUCUAUGCUAAUGGCUAGUUUUACGAUACCCAAUAGUUUAGGUGAUGCCGAACUUUUGAAAAAAGAACAUGAACAAUUUCAAGUGGCCAUCGAAAAAACACAUACCUCAGCUGUUCAAGUUAAACAUCGAGCAGAUACUUUAAUCAAUGCCAAUCAUUACGAUCCACAAAGUAUCAAAGAUAUUUCUGAAGAAGUUACCAAGAGAUGGCAGCAGUUGGUAACAUGUGCUGAAGAACGACACAAAUUAGUGACGGCCAGUUUAAACUUUUAUAAAACUGCUGAACAAGUUUGCUCUGUUUUGGACAGCUUGGAAAGGGAAUAUAGGAGGGAUGAAGAUUGGUGCGCCACUGGACAAGCAAACAUUGACAAAGCCACCGCCAUAUCCCAACUAAUUAACAAACAUCAAGAACAAAAAGAAGCUUUUUUGAAGGCUUGUACAUUAGCACGAAGAACAGCUGAAACAUUUUUGAAAUAUACAACUAGAAGUUUGCAGUUUUAUAAUUAUCCAAGUAGCAGUGGCAAUCACGAAGCUAGAGUGAAGGGUAUUCUAGAAAAAUUAUUAAAUCAAGAAAAUAAAGUUUUGGAGCAUUGGACUCAAAGGAAAAAGAAGUUGGACCAAUGUCAACAAUUUGUUUUAUUUGAGAGAUCUGCCAAACAAGCUAUUGAAUGGAUUCACGAAACAGGUGAAUGUUACCUAACCACACAUGCAACGAAUCUCGGCAACAAUAUCGAAGAAACUGAAAGUUUAUUACGCGAACACAACGAAUUUAAAGGAACUGCCAAGGAAACUCGGGAAAGAGUCAAGUUACUUAUUCAACUUGCUGAUAGUCUUGUAGAAAAAGGUCACGCUCACGCAUGCUCCAUCAAACAAUGGGUAGAAGCUGUUGACAAUAGAUAUAAGAACUUUAGCUCGCGAAUGGAAAAUUAUCGACAGCAACUAGAGGAAACUUUGGGUAUCCAAGAAGAAGAAAGUGAAAAGAAAGAACUUUCCAUUGAUCGAAAUUCUGAUCCUAACUUGGAAGCUAAAGUAAAAGAAGCUGCUGCAAAAGAAUUGAAAGAAUUGAAUGAGGAGAAAAGGAGGUCUGCUAGAAGAAAAGAAUUUAUCAUGGCCGAAUUGUUACAAACGGAACGUACCUACGUCAAAGAUUUGGAAACUUGCAUAACUUGUUUCCUCGACGAAAUGAGAAAUUCCUCAACAGUCACCGCUUCGCUUCAUUCCAAAGAAAACAUAAUUUUUGGCAAUAUGGAAGAGAUAUAUGAAUUUCAUAAUUCUAUUUUUUUAAAGGAACUCGAAAAAUAUGAAACGAUGCCUGAAGAUGUUGGGCAUUGUUUCGUAACAUGGGCUCAGAAAUUUGAUAUGUAUGUUACCUACUGUAAAAAUAAACCCGAGAGCAAUAGUCUGUUGGUGCAACAUGGGGGUGGGUAUUUUGAAGAACUACAGAAGAAACACAAAGUUGAACAUCCCAUCGCCGCUUAUUUAAUUAAACCGGUUCAGAGAAUCACCAAGUACCAGUUGCUGCUGAAAGAUUUACAGAGCUGCUGUGAAGAAGGUCAAGGAGAAAUUAAGGAUGGUUUGGAAGUAAUGCUCAAUGUUCCCAAAAAAGCAAACGACGCAAUGCACUUGUCCUUACUCGAAGGCUGUGAUAUAUCCUCGGACAAGUUAGGCGAAGUAGUUCUACAAGACGCUUUCAGCGUUUGGGAUCCAAAACAACUAAUUAGAAAAGGCAGAGACCGACAUAUUUUCCUUUUCGAAAUGUAUCUCUUAUUUACCAAAGAAGUUAAGGAUUCUGUUGGGAAAGUGAAGUACAUCUACAAAAACAAAUUAAUGACUUCUGAACUGGGAGUAACAGAACAUAUGGAAGGCGAUGAAUGCAAAUUUGCAGUUUGGACUGGUCGUGCCCCAAUUUCUGAUUAUCGCAUUGUACUUAGAGCUUCUUCACUUGAAACCAAACAAUUGUGGGUGAAGAAGUUAAGGGAAGUUAUACAAGAAACAUAUUUCAGCGGAGCAUUACCGCUUUCACUGCCCAAGAGCCCUGCAAAACUGAAACCUCAUAGCCAAAGAUCUAGUCGGGAUAUGGAAGAAUGCAAUUCUUUAGAUGAAAGCGUCGAAAAUUUAGAUAGGAAUUCUUUGACUUCCUUUGGCUCGGGUAAUACUACAGACUCCGAUAAGGCUGGAGUUCUGGAAAUGACAUGGGUUAUGAGCGACUUCACAGCUACCAAUCCACUCGAAUUGAGCGUAACGAAAGGCCAACAAGUCGAAGUCGUAGAAGUAUGUGCUUCGAAACCAGACUUCUGUUUGGUUAGGAUGCCGACCAGAGGUACAGCAGAUCACGAAUCUGGUGUAAUACCCGAAGGAUUGGUACCUCUUGCUGUUUUGAAACAACCACCUCCGCAUAGAGGCUCUCCCUCUAGAAGAAUAAAUCCAUCAUCGGAGCAGGAUAUUGAGUCAACAGUACAAAAUGACACGUCUAGUGCAGUCAAUACAUCAUCACCUGUAAUUAAACGAAGAGGUUUUAGCGGACGGAAAUGGCUGCCACCUCCACUACGAAAACUGUCACAGGGUAAAGUGGAUAAAGCGCAAGCCAACACACCUCCACCCCUUAAAAAGACUGGUUCCGAUAAGAGAAUAAAGGUGCCAUCCGAAAUGGGCAAUAAGCCCUCAGUGUCAGAAGGUGAAGAGGAAGAAGAACGAUCUACACAUACCUUGAAGGGUGUUAAAUCUCUUGGUGCAGAAUUGGCGAACGGCAGUGGGGUAACUGAUGAAGCCGAUGAAGAAUUUGAACUGCCACCGCCCAUGAAACCAAUUCAGGAACCAAUUUUGGUGACUUCACCUCCCCCUGGAGUUCCUGGUGUUCCCGAAAUCGAAGAGAAUCCUUGUAAAAGGGUCUCUAGCUUAACGUUAAAAUCACUUGAAGGUGCUACAUCUGCGGAUUUGGCCGAAAUUGAACAGAUAGUAAAGGAAAGAAUGGAACAGCAUUCCGAAAAUCAAGAACGUCAUUCCUUAAUGAGAGAUGCCAAAUCAGAAAAUGCCAUUUCGGACUACGGCGGAGAUCUUUCAGCUCAAGGGUUUUCUAAUGAAGCGACUGCAUCAGCAUUCAGCGGUGAUGAAAGUGACAAACCUUCUGAAGAUAAUAUAGAUGCAGCCAAAAAGACGGAAAUUCUCCUCAAAAAGAGAGAAUAUGUUUUAAAAGAAUUAACCGAUACAGAAGAAACAUACGUUAGAGAUUUGUCUCUUAUAGUUGAUGGUUACAUAGCUACUAUGAAAGAUCCUGAUUGUGAUAUACCUAUGCCGGAAGAUUUGAAGGAUGGUAAAGACAAAUUAGUCUUUGGAAACAUUGAGGUUAUCUAUGAUUGGCAUAAAAAUUUCUUCAUUAAAUCAUUAAAAAAGGCCGUAGAGAAUCCUAUUGAACUAGCUUCGCUUUUCAAACGUUAUGAACGCAAAUUGCAAAUGUACGUUAUCUAUUGUAAGAAUAAACAUGUAUCCGAAUAUAUUGUUUCCGAAUAUCUAGAAACUUAUUUUGAAGAACUACGGGUAAAAUUAGGACACAAAUUACAAUUAUGCGAUCUGUUAAUAAAACCAGUUCAAAGAAUCAUGAAGUAUCAAUUGAUGCUUAAAGACAUUUUAAAAUACACGGAGAGAGCUGGAAUUACAGCGGAAAUUGAACCGCUCAGAGCGGCAUAUAACAUUAUGGUGAUUGUACCAAAGACUGCUAAUGAUAUGAUGGAUGUUGGAAGAUUACAAGGCUUUGAGGGUAAAAUUACCGCACAAGGAACACUUCUUCUUCACGGAAUGUUAACUGUAUCCGAUUUACCGGGAUCAAAUCAGAUCGUCGGGAAAAAUAAGGACCUACACGUAUUUUUCUUUGAACAAAGUAUUAUAUUUUCAGAAGUCGUGGGAAAAAAGACUCAGUUCACUAGUCCGCAAUAUAUUUAUAAAGCUCAUAUACAAGUUAAUAAAAUGUCCCUAGAAACCAACGACGACUGUUUCAUAUUGGAAUCAACAGAUCCUACUCGUAGUUUAGGAUUCGUAAUACAAGCUGCUACGCCUGAAUUACAACAACAAUGGAUGAUUACAAUACACGAUACCCUCCAAAAACAGAGGGACUUCCUCAAAGCUAUCCAAAGUCCCAUAGCUUAUCAAAAAGAGUUGACUACUAAAGAAGCUUCCUUAUCCGAUUUAUCAGUAUGGGAAGUGGCACAUCUGAGAAGAGCCCUUCCGCAAGGGUCACCUUCUGAACCUAGCAAAAUGCAUCGCAAAAAUCAUUACGUACAUAAAGCGAACACUAUCGGUAUUCCUUCCGAAGAUGAUUUGAAUGAUAGCAAAAACAAUAAUCCACGACCAAGACUGAACUUUUUCGAAGGAUUUAAGAAUACUUUGAGAAACAAACAUAAAAGUGACACUGUAGUAUUAGAAGCCGCGAAAGAAAAUAGUGAGAAAGGUGAUAUGCACAGGAGGUGGUCCGAAGCCAAUCAACACACGACGGAACAUUUAAUAAUGUCCCCAGGCACUCAAGCACGUUUAGUCUGCGAAUGGCCAAACUUGAAUUUAGGCGACUUAGUCACAAUUAUUCGUUAUGAUCCUACUCAGGGAUAUUUCGUUAGAACCAGUACCAACUUAGAAGAGUUUUGGAUCCCAGCUCAUGUGUUAGCCAACUAUAGCAGAAAAUUGUGGUCAUUUAGAUUAAAAAAACCUAGGAAAUCAUUGGAGGGUGUUCUUGCAGAAAAUUCAGACAGGUGUGUGCCAGAAUUUCGUGAUAAAUUGAAAGACAUUACUGUUCAAAGUGGAGGAAAGGUAGUGUUCAAGUGUAGAGUCAGGAAUUGCAAUCGUAAUACCCGACAAACUUGGAAAAAACUAGACCCAAAUCCAUCAGUUCUACACAACGGAAAAUUUAUGCAAGGAGACAACGAAGGAGGCAUAGCUUUAAUGGUAAUUGAGAAUGUUAAACCUUCAGACGCUGGUACUUAUUCCCUAGCAGUUUCUAACGAAUUCGGUAGUAUAACAUGCACCGCGAAAUUAUCCGUAACUACAAGUUAUCCUCCAAUACCAGAACCUAAAAUACAAGUGAUAUCAUGCUCCAGCGUUUCUUUAGAAUGGGAAAGUAAUCAUUAUAAUCAGUUUAUUGUGGAAUUUUGUAAAUUGGGUUCUGGCGAAUGGGUAUCUCCCAAUAACAACCAUCCGGUCAAUUCUCAGUCUUUUACUGUUGAGAAUUUGAUUCCUGGAGAAACGUAUAGCUUUAGAAUUGUCUCGGCUCAAAAUAAUAUUGUUAGUUUACCCAGUAUUGCUGUAACUUUACCCGUAGCUGAGAAUUUGAGGUGGCAACAAGAGCAGUUCAAACAGAGAUAUAUAGAAUUGGAAGAAAUAGAUCGUGGUAGGUUUUCUAUAGUCCGUUUAGCUAGAGAUAGAGGAACUGGAGAAGAGGUGGCUUUAAAACAAGUAGCGAGGCGAAAGCAACCCCAUCAUGUAACUCAAGCUGAGUAUUCGUUAUUAGCUGGAAUGCAACAUUCAAAUAUUAUAAGAUCAUUAGCGUUAUUUGAUAAUGCACCGUUGCCUGGUAUAGAUACCAUCAUUUUAGAAUUAGUAAAAGGGCCAUUAUUAUUUAAAUAUAUUAGCGAUAAAGAAACCUAUAGUGAAUCGGAAGUUCGUAAUUUUACCUGUCAAUUAAUAUCAGCUUUAAAAUGGUUACACCAGAAAAGUAUUGCACAUCUAGACGUUAAGCCUGAAAAUAUUAUGGUUGAUAAAUCCCUUCAGAGUCCUCUUCUUAAACUAGUAGAUUUUGGUGACUCUGUUAAUACAUCGAAAAAUGUGAUCUUGCCACCAGCUUGUCUGGAAUUUGCCUCUCCGGAACUAGUCUUGGGACAACCAGUUGGAACUCAUACAGAUUGUUGGGCUGUUGGAGUUUUUCUCUACGUUAUGUUAAGCGGCGUUUCUCCCUUUCUCGACGAUUCAGUGGAAGAAACCACUGCGAAUAUUUUAAAGUGCGAUUUUUGUUUUCCAGAUGAGUAUUUUGGAAAUGUUUCUCAAGAAGCCAAGGAUCUGACCAAAAAUUUAUUAGUAUUGGUGCCUGCACAACGCCUGAAUAUGGAGAAAAGUCUUCAAUGCAAUUGGAUCAAAGAGGCCAGUGGUUCAGCGGCUAUCCCAUCAGCAAGACUGAGGAUGUUCAUGCAACGGAGACAUCCUAUGAAUAUGACCCCCUCAAGUUCAACAUAUUUCCGAGAAGAUAUCUAAUCUAAAAAAUAGAAUUUACCUUUUUGUAUAUAGUUUUUAAAUUUGUGACAAAGUGGAAUCGUGUUCCAUUUCAGCUUGUUAGUCUUAUAAUAUGAAUAAUUAUAUUUUAAUUAUAUAUAAAUGCAAUUUUCUUUAAA